CAGGUUAUGUGGGCAAAGCCUGUCAGUUGUGGAGGUUAUAUUUACCCUGCUAAAUUUUUGUCGAUUCUGAGGCUUUUCACACUAUUCCGCGAUUUCUUUUCACUGCAACUAACAGAAAAUCCAUUGGAAAAAAACCGUGUGUCUUUUAAACGGGGCAAAUAGUGAAACCGGGUACCAGCCACUCAACCCCUUGCAAUCUAGGUCACUAGUGGGACAUGCGUUCAUUCCACCCUGCGAUUGAUUGAAAACACCCCUAGGAUAGCUGCGUCAAUGGAAGCAGGGCUUGCGGAAGAGCUGAGGCGCACCUGGCUAGUUUCGCUGAUAGGGCUCCUGCUAUUCUCCGCUGGCUUACUCUUGAUAGGAUGGAACGAACUGCGGGCCGUGCAUCGGCACAAUACUCUGGAUGUGAUGCACUUGGAGACGGUUUCCAUCGAUCCUGACGAUCAGUGGCUACAAGAAAACGAUGGAAAGCUGAUCCAUUUGACUGGCAAUUUGGUUAUUAAUGAGCCCCUGACUGAUCCAGAGUAUGGAGUAGCAGUUGCAGCUGCCAGGCUAAAGCGCCGCGUCCAGAUGUUUCAAUGGGUGGAAAAUUACGCCUCCCAAAGCGACGAUGUUGAGCCUUCCAGCCAGGAUAUGCAUGGCAAAGACUACUACUACGUUACAGAAUGGCGCGACAAACUAGUGGAUAGCAGCAGCUUUUACAUUCGCCAAGGCCAUGAAAACCCCACCAAAAUGCCCAUAAAAACCCAAAUUUACACCUCGGCCUCAGCCAGGGUGGGCCAAAUAAAACUAAGCAGCGAACUGCUAGAGAAGUUCAAGCAGUUUGAGGUGAUUUCUGGCGACCAACGCCCGGACAGAGACGACAUCAAGCUUCAUUUGGGCAUCUACUAUCAUUGCCGCGACGUUUUCAAUCCGGAAGUUGGCGAUAUUCGCAUUCAAUUCUACUACGCGGGGGCCCAUGACGAGCCAGUUUCAAUAGUAGCGAAGCACGAGAAGGGCUGGUUGGUCGCCCAUAAGACCACAAACGGGCAAAAGUUGGCUCUAGUCGAGAGCGGCACUCUAAACAAAGAUCAAAUAUUUGCAGCUGCCCACAAGGAUGUGAGGAUAUUCACGUGGAUGUUGCGCUUUCUGAGCGCUUUCACCUUUUACGCCGCCACUUUAUGUUGGUGUGGCCUUUUGAAGAUCAUCUUCAACAAAGUGCCUGGCCUGGAAAAUCUACUGAGCGGCAGCCCACACGAUUUCAACAACUUUCUGUUUGCGGCCUCCUUGGACCUUUUUUUCGUAUCCUUAGUCUGGAUCAUAUAUCGGCCUGUUUUGGGGGCUAGCUUGAUUUUUGCCUCACUCAGCCCAUUGCUCUACUCCAUCCUUGGAGAGUAUCGAUAGCGGCCUAAUCCUCCAAUGGUGAUAUUCUAGUCAAGCUUUGCUUUCUGUUGGUGAAGUGGAUUGUUUUUCGAGUGCGUUUUUUUUUAGCCCAAAGUGAUUUUAAUUGGUUAUUUUCAGUACACUUUUGGCUAAAAA